CAGCUGACUGGGCGCAUGCGCAGACUAUCGUCGAGUAGUCGAGCUCCCGUGUGCGACUUCUGCUACAGGACUCAGAACAGCUCACGACAGCGUACGGGAGUCAUCCGCACCCAGAGUUCCACCGUUCUACGAUCGUUUUUGUUUUUCUGUGCCUGGAUCAGGAUAAUAUUGAUGAGCACCUACGCCGCCAACGCGCACUUGCACACUUCGCCUUCAGCUGCCACUGCUACCGGUUACAUGGAAGGACAAGAGAUGUCGCUGCAGUCUCCGCAGCUCAACAUUUUGCCUCCAGGCUCGCCCAAGGACCAUGACAGUGCUUCACCACUGCUCACACCUCCGCACACACCCACAGACCUGCUGAACGCCAAGAGUCCCGCCGACAAGUUCUCCUCGUCAAUCAGCGACAACGACGAGGAUCGUGACCUCGAAGAGGAUGACGACGAGGAAUUGAUUGUGGACUCGGACUGUCCCAGCGACCACGAGAUGACCGCGAGGGUAUCACCUGUACAGGAGAGGUUGUUCCCUGCGGGAGAGCGACAACCUAUGCUUUCUCCUCAGUCCUGGUGCUGCAGUCCUGGUUCGAAGGAGUCGGCGUUCUCACCCUGUCAACCGAUGCCGUAUCCUCCACAGAAGUAUCCUCUCCAACCACAGCAACACCCCUCCCAGAUGUUGCCGCAAAACCUCCCUGUCAACUACCCCGCCUUCCUGUUCAGCUCCUGGCUUCGCACCCUGUACCACGACCCCCGACGAGGUGUCCCCCUCUCAUUGCCGUUCCCUGCCGCCUCCACCCUCCCCGGUGCAGCUCGCCGAGGUCUCCCCGGCCCAGGGCGUGCCCCGGGCGCCGUGGGGCGCGCCCCCUCCACCCGCCCCAAGAAGCAGUUCAUCUGCAAGUUCUGCAACCGGCAGUUCACCAAGUCGUACAACCUGCUGAUCCACGAACGCACGCACACCGACGAGCGACCCUACAGUUGCGACAUCUGUGGAAAGGCCUUCCGUCGCCAGGACCAUCUCAGAGAUCACAGAUACAUCCACUCGAAAGAGAAGCCGUUCAAAUGCCAGGAAUGCGGCAAGGGCUUCUGCCAGUCUCGCACGCUGGCUGUCCACAGAUCUCUACACCAAGAGGAGGCGCAGCACAAGUGCCCCGCGUGUCCCCGCAAGUUCCACCAGCAAGCUGCCCUCAAGACACACAUGAUCACCUACCAUCCCAUCAUGCCACCCACCAACUACAUCAGUCAUGACGCCCAGGCACCGCACCAACCCGCCAAACCCUACCAAACCGUGGCACGAGCAAGCCAAAACCCCGUUCUAGAUCUUUCCAGUAACAGCCACCUCCAGAAACCCUCGUCUCCGCCCCGGAUGGGGUUCACCAUCAACGAUAUCCUCCAUAGAAGAUAAUAAUCCACUGCUGGAAAACAACUGUAAGUUCUUCCUAGCAUCUAGUCCCCAUCUUCUAAGUCGCCGUCAAAUGCCAAAGUUAUAACUAUCAUUCACAAUGUUCCACUUAUUACUCGUUAAAUAAUGACCUGAUUAUUCUUCAAUUGAAAACAUUACUUGUAGUUCUUCUACCCAACCAAUUAUUCUUCAAUUGAAACUAUAUACAAAAACACUACUUGUAGUUCUACUCAUCCCAGUUCUUCUAGACUGGGGUGGUGAAUUUACUUGAUAUAACUUUACUAUUACUUACUCAUUCAAAGCUUGUUGAAACUUUAUGAAUACUUGUAAUAUUAUUUGAAUAUCUUAUCUUUAUUUUUACAUGCAGACUUUUUAUAAUAAUUGUGGAAUAAGAAUUCCACAUGUCAAAAUAAUAUCAACAUGUCAUAGAUGAACAAACACUUACAUCCCACAUUAUCACUCUUUUUUCCUUAUCACAUUUUUUGUAUUUUGUGUUUCAUUCAUUCAUACCGUAUUCACAUAAUAUGUAUAUUCACGCUAUUGUUGCCUUUAUCAUUCCUAAAUUCACUACUUAAUCAAUUAAUCCAAUUUCAAUUCAAAUUUAUAUCUUGUCAAUCAAACAAUUAUAAUUAGAAAGAAGUACUGUUUGAUAAUUCAAUAAUAAUUUCUGCAUGUUUAUAUAUUAGUAUUGUCGUUUUUUAAUUUCGUAUUAACCAGUCUGAUGAAUUAUGUCUCAUGAAAUUGUUCAAAUCUAACUUUAAAUCUAAAUUUUAAAAUAGUGUAUUUUUUCAGAGAUUGAUGUUUUAUACAAUUCUUCAAAAUUCAACUUUGCCAUUCUUACGAGUGGAUCUAGUGGAAUUUAAUCUCAAUUUCCUCUUAACAGUUUUAAAAUUAAUCAUUUUUUUACAAGAUUUGUUCCAGUUGAAGCUUGAUUAUUUCUAAUGUAUAUAGUCAUAAGCUUACCAUAGUCAUUUUAUGGAAUUUCAUAAUCAUGUGUAGAUGUUCAAAGAAUGGAAUGCAUAAUUGAGAUUCAUAUAAUUCCAAAGUUCUUGUUAUCAUUUUAAUUUAUUUCUAUAUCAUACCAAUAAUUUAUUCAUCUGAUAAUUAAACUCAGUUAGGAUGACAAUUGAUUGAAUGGACAGUAGAAAAUAACCAAAGAUAUUUGGCAGACAGUGAUUUUUUAUCAAGAAUUCCUUGAUGCUUUAUAAGAAAAUUUUAAUUAUCACAUGUCGUAAACAUUCUUCCCUUGAAUAGAAAUAAGACUAAUAAAUAAAUUAUUGUUGUAUGUAAUAAUGUAUGAAUCGAAUAUCAAUGACUGUUUCAUUUCUUUACAUAUCUGUAUCUAUUGAACUGAAUCUUUAACUGUUCUGAUUCCUCUCUCAUAUCAUCUAUCUUACAAUUUCAUACGAUAUCACAUAGAAUGUUACCAUUAAUCUCUACCUCAGUAAUUUUAUAACUUAACACUUGAUCUCUGAACCAAAAUGAUAUUGAUCAAUUUUUUAAUACUGUAGUUGUAAUUCUAAAGAUGAAUGUAUUAUUGUAUUUUCAUUGAUAAUAAUCUGCUCUUACUUAUCACUAUAUAGCAUGUAUAUGGAUAAACUUAUAUUCCAUAGCUUAAUUUAUGAAUUGAUCAUAAGCUGGAUAAUUUUAAUUAUUCCAUUUUUCCUUAACGCUCUAACUGGUAGAAAACCAAAGUAUAAUAUUAUUCAAUAUUUCCGACUCUAUUUCCAUUGGUACAAAAAGACUUAUGAAAUUAUAUUAUAACAAUAUAUAGUUGUGUGAAUGUAUUUAUGCUUUAGCAUUAUGAUAAUGUUUACUGUAAAAAUAUUCAGAUUAGCUUAUAUUUAUUAUCUGUGGUGAUCAUUGUACAUACUCUUAGAAUAUUUUGUAAAUAUCUUGAAUCCAAAUUAGUAGUAUAUUAUAUUGAAUAAAUAGUUAAUUCAUGAUUGAUAAA